CAAACGGGCGCCAAACACAAACGCCGACCACCCAAGGCAUACCACGCGGCCGGCCUGAAAAUCGCUCCACCAACCUCCGAAGCCUGGUGGGACCUAGACUGGCUCACUCCAGAACCCCUACAAAAACAGGUCCAACGAUCCGAAGCAAUGGGCAAAAAGUCCCACAAAUCCCAAGCAGCCACCUCACAAGACAUGCAAGACAUUGGAGUGCUGCUACAACGCACACCAAAGCCCAGGGAGCAGGAUCAGGCUGAAACAGGGGCCCAGGACCUUAAAGAGACAGGAGGGGUGAGUAACACCACACAAGGGCCACCUCCAACAGGGCUCCAGACAACACAAACCUCGAACAGCCAGGACCCUGCAACUAAGCAGGACAUCGACAACCUUUUUAACCGCAUCCAACAACUAUUCGCGGCAGAAAUAGCCGCG